GGAAGAUGAGGAUAUCUGGUACAUAUCACAAUUAGUAACAUGUCAUUCAAGCCAUCUACAAAAAUGGACCGGUGCUUUUUAUGUUUAUAAAGGUUUAUUAUUAAUAUUUGGUGUAUACAUGGCCUGGGAGACGAGAAGUGUGAAGAUACCAGCUUUAAAUGAUUCCCAGUAUAUAGGAAUGAACGUUUAUAAUGUUGUGAUAAUGAGUAUUAGUGUCGUGGUAUUAUCUAAUAUACUAGCCAUGGAACCUACUCUAGCAUACGCUGUAGAGUCAUCAUUUAUGUUUUUAUCUACCACUGUUACCCUCUGUUUGCUUUUUGUUCCCAAGAUAUAUGCCAUCGUCACAUCCGGCGGAAACCCAGUUAUAGCGUCGUCAGGGAUACACGUGGAAGCCAACACGAGGCGCUUUGUUAUUGAUGACCGGAAAGAGAUAUAUUACAGAGCGGAAGUACAGAAUCGAGUAUAUAAAAGAGAAUUAGUUGAGGCGGAGCAGGAACUCAGUCGCCUCCGACGAUUAAUGGAAUUACCCAUUGAACCAUUUUCACGUAUGACGGAUGAACUUUUGCAUCUACUUCCGGAGUCAAAGGUCGAUGGAACGCCAGCUAUUCAGCGUAGAAGACAAGAAGAGAGACGAAUGUAUUUAAAUGGAUGUAACUCAAUAUCGGAUGACGGAGAAGUGUGCUAUGGUUCCGAGGAAACCGACGGAUUUCCGGAAGUGAACGCCGGAAAUAGGCUAAGCUCACCGCGGGUCUCACAAAAGAGACACAGCGCUCAAGAAAACAGUGGUGAAUCAACUUUAAAGAAACUCUGUAGAAUCAGCCGAAGCCUAAGCAUCACACAGGCGUCGCCUUUAAAUUACAGGCAGGGUAAAAAUCUCGAAGUUGCUUCUCCCAGAACCCCUCGUGAUCCAUUGGACAGCGAAUAUGACAGUGCCAUGGACGAGUUGUCCUUUAAUGUGGCAAUACGGAAUGAUGCCAACAAGAAAACGAAACGAAAUAGUGAACAACCUAGCUCAUCACCGAAAGCUAACAGAUAUUUUAUUGGAUUUGAAAAUUUCGGACGUUUUAAUAAUAUUACUAAUAAUCCCGAUCAAAGAACGUGUGGUUUUAAUGGAUAUGUCGGAAAUAAUAAUUCGGAUCUGGAAUUAAAUUUGAUUCAGCCGGCUUGUACAGAAGAAACGUGUAAUGGCGGACGAUCGGGAAAAGACAUCCAUAGAAUUGAGAAUAUUUUUUCGGAUUCUAGUUUUUCUGUUCAGGGUGGAAAAAGAAAACUGCAUUCGCCACCGCCCCAUGUACGAAUCAAACAUGUGAUCACCAAAUGUGAUAUAAAAAAUCUAGGUCUGCCAUUAAGAAGGGUGAACCAAUAUGGCGACCAAGAGUGUAACGUUAACAAACCUCUAGACAAUAUUUGUCAUCUUGAUUUGCAAUCUCUUACGCUAACUCACGAGCACUGUGAUCAAAUCACUCCGCCGCGAAACGCACAUGUAAAUAAUGACAUCAUCAAUUCCAAUCUUUAUAAUCAUCAUAAACACUCAUCGCCUAUCAAAGAAGCACAUGCACAUCAGUCAUUAUCUGAACAAAGUUCAUCCUCGUCGUAUAGUAAUGAAAUAUCGACGGAAACUAUGUCGUCAACGUCGCCAUCAUCACCUAAGCAUGACACCAUAACUACUAAACCAUUCGGCGCCAAAACUUCGUCUUUUAAAAUGCUACCACAGCGCCAUCUAGGAACUAUUACAGAAAAGGACGGUAAUCUGUGUAAAGGUGAAAUAUCGGAAAAUGUUCUUGAGCCUGUUCACGAUGAUAAUAUGUGUACUGGUGCUGUGCCUAAAGACGUCCAGGCCGCUCAAAGGAAACAUAGGACGCUUUGUCGGGUCGAUUCAGCGCGAACAGUCGAACGACGAAUGAAAAUCCGCAAACUUCAGUCGGAUUUGUUACGAAUUCAACAAGAAUUACAGGAUUUAGAUGAAAUGGAGUUCGAUGUUUCUGAGGUUUAGUGAUUGGAUUAAAAUAGAGAAGGAUUAUAUUUCACUCACAGUUGGGAAAUAUGAGCAAACAUCCAUCUUGGCAUAAUCGCGAUCCCUAACAUAUCCAUGUCGAACCACGGCUCGGUAUCGACAAGCGAUCUGUAUUGGACGUCAGUACGCCCACAUUAUGUAGAGGUGUUUGGUCAUCACAGUAAACGGUUUUUCCAUCCAUCGGUCCGGUCGCCCAUACUAGUUUUGGUCGCAAUUGAGUCCACAUUUUUCGUUUGUUCAUGAGGUGUCAAAAAAUCCCGUACAUGACGCUAUUUCAUUAAUGUUUCUCAAUGUCGUUACCAAAGACUUGACUAACUUAAUUCACACCCCAUAAGCUAAGAUUGAAUGCUGCUAUUUCAGAAACCUGAAAGCUGUCGUAUCUGCCAUUUCCGUCGCUCGUUUACACAUAGUGCCAAUCUCAAGUGCAGUGUCAAAGAUCAGACCUCCACGCUGUUUUAUAUCUGUACUGAGUCAAGAGUAGACAUAAUGCGUUACGAAACGCCAGUAUGAAAAGUGACAAAUUUAUGUUGUCAACAUAGCCAGACAGGGUAUGUCAGUGCAUCAAUACUAAUGUAAUAUGUACAAGCGAAAUUAUAUCUCGCUUGAAUGACAAGUCGUUUCUGAAAUUAAUGAUGUUUUAUAUAGCCUAAAUUUCAGUAGAAUAAGAACUGGAUAUACAAGCCACGUUGUGCUACGUACGUAGUCAUUCAAGUAAUUCGUAUAAGUCAGUUUACCCCACCUCUUCCCCCAACUGUAUAGUGAAAUAUAAUCACGUUGAUAAUGAUAUAUAUUUAUGCAGUAGUUGA